AUGGACUCAAUCAUCAAGUCAGAGUCUGUUUACCCCGCGUUCAGCGAACCUAAGAUUCCGACUACCACCAAUCUGCCUACCCCUCCGAAGCGUCGGCCCCGUCAUCGAUUGAGUUGCGCCGAGUGUCGGCGAUUGAAGCUCAAGUGCGAUCGGACCUGGCCGUGUUCAUCAUGUACCAAACGUGGCUGCGCGCGCAUUUGUCCCGAUGGAACUCUUCAAUCUAAAGUCCGCACCAAGGACACCUCCGUCCUGCUCGCAAGAAUCUCCGAGUUGGAGAAUCUGUUGCAACGGCAAGAUCAUCAACUUCGCCUCAGCUGCUCCAAUGAUCGGCCCGGCGAGCACCAGUCUACCUCUCAACCCUCAUCCUCAGAGUAUGCGCCCAUGGGUAUCGUCGGAUCAUCAUCAGAACAACCACAGGAUACUCAUGUGCUAGCUUUGAUCGACGGUAUUGGAACUCUGAACGUUAGUGAUGAUGGCCGGUCUCGCUUCCUUGGGUUGAGUGCAAGUAGUGCUUUCUUUGAUGGGGAUUGGUCCGAUUGUGACUCUCUCUCCUCCACACCCGGUACCUCAGAGGAUCCCAAUGAGACGUCAGACUCUCCAUCCCCGUUCACAUUUCAGGCUCUGCUGGGUCGCCCGGCCUUGGAUCCAAACCAACUCAAGACAUACUUACCCGAGCGACACGAGGCCGAGCGAGCUUGGGCACGCUUCUCGAUGAAAUGUACGAUGAGCAUCGCAACGAAAUCUGUAUCGGAAGAUUGGCAUUAUUAUACUCCAUAUUGCACUUCCCUGAGCGUUUUGUUCGACCCCACUGUCCAGGCCUUGCACCCCGAUGCACGCAAGUGGCAUGAUGCAGCUGAAACCUGUCUGAGGUCGACUGACUACCUCGCUAGCCCCAGUCUUGCGAUUGUACAGGCUAUCCAUGCCAUGGGUACCUACGUCAUGAAUUCGCGCGCCGAUGGAGCCGAAACCUUUUGGCCGGUGCUAGGAACCGCUAUGCGCCUCUGCCAAUCCAUGGGGCUUCACCGCGAUGGCUCCAAUUGGGGGUUGCAGUCAUCUGAAUUGGAAUCCAGGCGUCGAACGUUCCACGAAAUUUUAUCCAUGGAUCGAUUACAGAGUCUCGUUCUGGGUCGUCCUUAUGCCAUUAGUGACAAGCAUUUCGAUACUUCGAUCCCACGAUUUGACCUCAACCAACCAACAGAAAGCCACGAACCAAAUGUAGACUUUCAUGUUGCCAAGUGGCGCUUUUCAUCUUACAUUGGACGCGUCGUAGAUGACGCGUUUAGCGUAUCCCCACCCUCGUUGGCCGUUGUCAAUCGGCUGGAUGAAGAAUUGAGACAGUUCGAUCGCGCUUUAUCACCCAAGUUGAAAUGCUCAAACACGCCUCCGAUCUGCCAAGGCCCCUCCUGGUGCGAUAUGAACCCAGUUGAGAGGAAGUCAGGAUCAGAUGGUUCAAUUGACCUUCAGUUGACCAUGCAGCAGCAUUUUAUGACUGCAUUGCAGAAUACAACUCUCCUGUUUUUGCAUCGGCGGGCUUUUGCACUGGCAUUAUCUGAAGCUACGGCCGAGCCAUUGAACUCUCCAUUCUCCAAAAGCGUACUCUCGGUGAUCAUCGAAUCGUCCAGGAAUCUAGUCAGUGUCGCCCAGGCUGCUCAGGCCCUUUACCCGGAACUCGCCAACCGCUGGUGGUAUCUGUUUUGCCAUGCAUACAAUGGUGCGACAUGCGUGGUCACUCUGCUCAUCAAAUCUCCCGGAUGCAUCCUAGGCAAACAUGCUUGGUCAACUCUAGCCACCGCCAUGUCAGUUUUCAGUACAGCUGCUCAGUUUGGUCCGAUCUGUCGGGACCUGUUCAACCGCUUAAGUCGAUUACACAAACAAGCCAUGUCCGCCUUGAGCGCCGACCUUCUGCCCAACCCUCAUCAAAGCCUCUCUAUGCAUUCAUAUCACCCAAAUCAGACACUCGUAUCCCCCAACACAAGCAAGAUGGGCGAAGGGUCGAUGGCUUUGGCACACUACUUGGAAUCAUCUAACCCAUAUCUGCAUCAUAACUCUAGCGAUUUCCCGUGUGAAUUGGGGGCAUCAACUCGCUUGACUCGCAAGAACCGAACCCAAAGCGUCUCAAAUUCUUCAGUCGCCUCUGGUAGGGUUUCUUCAUUGACCUCUUCGUGUCGGUCAAGAGGAACCUCUUUUGGAUCGACCGGUCCCAACGAAGGACCAUCGGCUCCCUCCACUAUCGGAAUAGCCGCCAACGGAUCCCAAGGAUUGGGGUCGAAUCGGAAUGGUUCGAGUCGUAGUCCCAAUGAUAAUAAUGGUAUGAAUAGUACACUCACUACUUCAUUUAAUAUGUCUUCAUGGGCAGGCUUGGUAAAUUCCCCGCGAGAUGAAUUUGAUGAAGAGGAGUCUAACGAGCCGCCGUGUUGGGAAAACCUGAGUAUCGAGCCAACCGACGAAGCCUUCAACACACCGAUCUUUGGUGUCUCCCAUUCCCAAUCGAACCACUACUUUGAAGGCUUUACCGAACACUUCCACCCCCCAAUGGUCCUUCCAUCCAACGAUGCCAUGCUCUCACCUGGACCAUCGAACUAUAGCGGGAUUUAUGGACCGAUGCCCAAUCCAAGCUCGUUCGACAAUAAUCCGAAUCAUCCGCCAGUCUCUUCCAACCAUAACCAACAACAGGACACUAGUGCUACAACUGAAGGGAUGACGAGUCCGAUCAACACUCAGUUUGAUCUUCUGGACACUUUUUUAACUUGGUGA